GCGAAGGUGUCCAAACUGACAAUGCUCGUGAGAUGAAGAUAGCGCUGCUGCUGCUUCUGAGCUCAAGGAGGACGCGAGGAAUCUACAAGCCGACAAGAUGAGAUCCAAGGCGAGGGCGAGAAAACUGGCCAAAAAUGACAGUGAGGCAGUAGACAGCAUGUACGACACAGAGCCCAAUCUCGUGACAGGCGAGAGCGCAGAAGAGGAGACAGAAGACAGCAUCAUGUCCCCCAUUGUGGUGGGGCCCACGUCCCCUCAGCCCUGCAAUGAGGACUUCACUCCUAAAGAGGGCUCACUCUACGAGGUGCCCGUCUACAUUCCAGAUGAUAUUCCCAUCCCUGCUGAUCUGGAGCUCCGUGAGUCGUCCGUUCCAGGGGCUGGCCUAGGAAUCUGGGCCAAAGUCAAAAUCGACAUGGGAGAACGCUUCGGACCAUACAACGAACUGCUGAACACCACGGUGAAAGACACCACUUAUGGAUGGGAGCAAAUGCUGAAUGAUCAUGAAACAUCGUCUCAAGACAGCUGUAUUAAGAAGGUAAUGGACAACAUGGGUAAUGUGAAGUUCUGUCUGGACGGGGCUCUGGAGGCCAGCGGGAGCUGGCUCAAAUACGUGCGCACUGCCCCGUCCCAUGAAGAGCACAACCUGGCCAUAUGCCACAUCAGCGAAGAUCAGAUCUAUUAUAAAGCUAUUAGAGAUAUUGAAAUAGGGGAGGAGUUACUGGUUUACAUGAAGGACGGAGUUUUCCCCGAGGGCUCAAUGGCACCGAACCUGGAAGAUGAGCCGAUGUACCGCUGUGAACACUGUGAUGAGCUCUUCACAUCAAAGCUGGAGCUACGGCGGCAUCAGAAAUACUCCUGCAGUAGCAGCAACUCUAUCUUUGACUCACUAAGCGAAGACUUCAAACAGGAGCGCGAAGACAGCGAUGAGCCGGUGCACGAGUGCAAGGACUGUGAAAAGAUCUUCCCUAGCGAGUACAGUCUCGGGCAGCAUAUGAUCGUACACACAGAUGAGAGAGAGUAUAAGUGUGACCAGUGCCCCAAAGCUUUCAACUGGAAAUCCAACCUCAUUCGCCAUCAGAUGUCACAUGACAAUGGCAAGCGCUUCGAGUGUGAAAACUGUGAUAAGGUGUUCACAGAUCCCAGCAACCUCCAGCGCCACAUCCGCUCUCAGCAUGUCGGUGCCCGAGCCCACACCUGCCCUGAGUGUGGCAAGACCUUUGCCACCUCCUCGGGCCUCAAGCAGCACAAGCACAUACACAGCAGUGUCAAGCCUUUCAUCUGUAAGUCUGAGCAGUCUUGUCUAAGCCUCAGAUACAAUUACCAGUGUCCAAAGACCUCCCGGCUAGCUCCACCCCAAGAUUGUGACAGCUGUUGUUUUAUAGGUGAGGUGUGUCACAAAUCGUAUACCCAGUUCUCUAACCUGUGCCGUCACAAACGGAUGCAUGCAGACUGCCGCACCCAGAUCAAGUGUAAAGACUGUGGGCAAAUGUUCAGCACUACCUCCUCCCUCAACAAGCAUCGGCGAUUUUGCGAGGGCAAGAACCAUUAUAAUCCCGGAGGCAUAUUCACUCCGGGCAUACCAAUGACAUCCAGUCACAUUUUAGGCAAGUCCAAGUCUCAUCCUGGCUUGAACCAUAGUGGACUUGGUUUCGGAGAUUACUUCCCAUCCAGGCCGCAUCAUCCAGGUUUGCCCUUUUCCCCAACACCCCCUGCAUUCCCAGCCCUUUCCCAUGGCUUCCCAGGCAUCUUUCCCCCAUCACUAUAUCCUAGACCGCCAUUGUUACCUCCUAGUCCUUUGCUCAAGAGCCCAAUUAGUAAUAGUCAAGAUGGGAAGCUGACCCCUUUUGAUGCUCCGACUCUUUCUGCAGUCCCAUCCAUGAACAACAGCAAUGGCAAUGUAGGGAGCUGUCUCAGCAGCCAGUCAGAGGAUAAUCGAGAGUCCAAACUGGACUUGUCGUUCCACGACAACAAGAAUAAAGUGAAGGUGAAUGAAAUGUCUGAUGGUAGUGACUUGGAAGAUGUUAACACGUCUAGCGGCACAGAUCUAGACACCACCACUGGCACAGUGUCUGGCUCAGAUCUAGAAAGUGAGGCAGAAAGUGAACGGGAGAAGAGCAGGAGGAAACCAGUGCAGGAGAGCAAGCAGGACGAAGUGAGCAGCAGUUCAGUAUCUGUCUCCAGUUCAGGGAACCUCCCUUGCGAGCGUCCUUUCCUCUCCUCCCAGCAUUCCUUUUUCCCACCGCCAGAGGAGCAAGCACUUCCACCCUCCGGGGCCACCACUGACUCCAUUAAAGCCAUUGCCUCCAUUGCAGAAAAGUAUUUUGGCCCAGGCUUCAUGGGCUUGCAGGAGAAGAAGAUGGGCUCCUUAAACUACCAUUCCAUGUUCCCUUUCCAGUUUCUGCCCAACUUUGCACAUUCCUUGUACCCAUUCACAGACAGAGCACUCAAUCCUGGCAUGUUCUUCAAACCUGAGCCUAAAUCCCCUCGUGAGCACAUACAGAAAAUACCUACAGCCACUGGUGCGGAUUCACCCUUUGACCUAACCACCAAACCCAAGGAGGUCAAACCUCUUCCUCCACCCCCCAGCAAACCAGCCUUGCCAUCCAAUACCCCCUUGGCCCCUGGCGAGGAACAACCUCUGGACCUCAGCAUAGGCAGUCGAAGCCGAGCUAACCAGAAUGGUGGCACACACGAACAGCGCAAGAAUCACGCCUAUGGAGCAAACUGCAAAGCAGCUAAAGAUGAACACCCAGCACUAACCCAGUCCCACAACUUGCACCAGCCCCAGAUGCCUCAGCCGCAAGCAUCCCUUUCCCAGCCACCUCCUCCCCAGCAGCAGCCAUCACUCCACUACGCCAAGCCCUCGCCGUUCUUCAUGGACCCCAUCUACAGGUAUUUCAAUAACAGGGUGGAGAAGAGGAAGCUAAUAGACCCAGUAGGAGCUUUAAAGGAGAAGUACCUGAGGCCGACACCACUACUCUUCCAUCCUCAGGUGUCUGCGAUGGAAAACAUGACUGAGAAAUUGGAAAGCUUCAGCGCUCUGAAACUGGAUGCUCCCAAUUCUCUCCAGCACUCCUCACACCACCUUUUUAACUUCCGCUCCCCGCCUCCCUCUCUCUCCGAUGCUAUCUUACGCAAAGGCAAGGAGCGAUACACCUGCAGGUACUGUGGGAAAAUCUUUCCCAGGUCAGCUAAUCUUACAAGGCACUUACGAACACACACAGGAGAACAACCCUACAGAUGCAAAUACUGUGACCGUUCAUUCAGCAUCUCCUCCAACCUCCAGCGACAUGUUCGUAACAUUCACAACAAGGAAAAGCCUUUCAAGUGCCACCUUUGCAAUCGCUGCUUCGGUCAACAGACCAAUCUGGACCGCCAUUUAAAGAAACAUGAACAUGAGAAUAUUCCAGUGAGUCAGCAGUCUGGGAUCCUCUCAAAUUUAGGAACAAAUAUUUCCUCACCGAACUCUGAGUCUGACAAUCAUGCACUUUUGGAUGAGAAGGAGGACUCCUAUUUCUCAGAGAUUAGGAACUUCAUCUCCAAUAGUGAGCUGAACCAGGCCUGUAGCUCCUCGGAGAAAAGAUCAGAGUUGACGGAGGAGGAGGAGCCUCAGAGUCACGCUCACACCACCUCAAAACUGGUGGAGGAAGAUGAGGAGAUGGAGGGAGAUGAUGAAGACGAGGAAGGCUCGUUGACAGAAAAGUCACAGGACGAGACGGUCUCUCCCGCCACUAUGGUGCAGGGCACCUACGACGAGGACGAGGAGCCGACUGCUCUCCCUAUGUCUUAUGAACACACGCGCAGGUGUAUUGAGGAGGAAGCAGGCCUAUUAGAUCUGGAACCUCUGGCUGGUUUCCCCAAAGGCCUGGAGUUCCAAAAGGCUGGCGAGGAGCCCUAUGACAUUAAAGACAUUUUUAGCACCUCGGUAGAGUCGGAGGCACUGAAAGCAACACUUUUCAGGCAGGCUAAAACACAGGCUUAUGCAAUGAUGCUCUCUCUGUCUGAGAACACCAAUCUGCAUUCAUCCUCCCAGAACUCCUUGGAUGCCUGGCUCAACAUGGGAGGAGGGCCGUCGGAGACGAGCUCCUUUCACCCCCUCAACAACAUCUGAGAACACCAACAAGACAAAAGAGAGAUGGAGGGAGAAAGGAGGAGAGGGCAAGAGACCAACACGAAGAUGCGUCAAAAAGAGCUUGUGAAGACCAGCAAUGCAACAGUAGACGAACCACCACUAUGCUCGCAAGGAGGAGAACGUACUGUUGAGUGAAACACAGACGGGAGAGUUUUAAAACCGUGAAGGAAAUCAGCAAAUCCCAGCCAUACAGCAUCUUUGCUGUCUGCAACUAGCCACUAUAGUGAAGUUCCCUCCACAUCCGCUGAUUCAAGAGGCAGCCAUGAAUUGAAAUGUCUCUCAAAUCACCUCUCCACCUCAUUUUCAAUGAUAUGCAUUUCUUAGAGACUGCUCUCGAGGGUCUUCUCUGAGGAGUCCAAGAGUGGACAGGGUGGUUGAGGGUUUCUUCAACUGGAGAUUUGAAAUGUUUCUACACAGCAUUCCAUUCUCACAUUGAUUUUCUACAGCACUGUACCAAGGUUUCCUUUUCUAUUAACUCAGUCGAAGUCUUACAGUAGAUCACUACAGUAGACAUCAACAUUUAUUUCCAAUGGCAAUAGAAGCACUUAAGUCUAGCCCACAACUAGCAUGCUAACUUUCCCCUGAAGGCUCAAUGCCGUUUCUAAGCCACUGUCUCAAAAAGCAAAUGCUGGAAGUCACUGGGAAACCUCUGAGAUUUGUGUUGGGCUGUGCGAUCUUGUCUCGUCCCCAGCCGGAUCUUCAUACGAUAAAUCACGCAUCGGCAUCACGGUCAUUGUAAUUAUUGUUGUUAUGGUAAAUAUCUUAGCUCUUUAGUCCCAACGGAAAGUUUUUUUUUUUUUUUUAAAAGUUAAAUUAUUCUCCAGUGGGGCAAUUGGAAAACUUUUCUCUUUUUCUUGCAUUGAGUAAUAUUUUUUUUUUUCUAUGGGAAUUGUUUUUCAGUAAACAGUAUUGUUUCUUUUUAAGCACAUCUGUGCUUAAAUGUUAAUAUAAUUCUUAGUGAAGGACCAAAUUUGUACAAUAUUGUUGUAUGAUGUACAAACUAAGUUAACCAUUGGUAGCAGAGAGCGUUGUGUGCCAAAUAAUCCCCCUUUUUUUUUGACAAUCAUUUUCCAGAGUGGUCGCCUCCGCUGUAGGUUUUUUUUUUUUUUUCUGCUGUUGCUACUUACAUUGAUGAGUGUUUAUUUUGUAUUUAUUUAGUUUUUUUGUUGUUGUUUUUUUGGUUUUUUGAUUAAUGAAAAAUGAAGAAAAAAUUACCCACUUGUUUGAAGGAAUGAAAUUACUGAAAUAUCAUGGAAAUUCUGAAUUGUUCAAGCUCUUCGUAAAGAAGCAAGUUGCCAAAAUCUGAGUUAUUAAACAAUGCGUUUAUAUUAUGAGCACAUAAUCAUCAAGUCUGCUUUAUGAUGCAUCAGUUCAACCAUUUAAAAAAGUAGGCACUGUGUGAUUUAAGGAAAAAACAAAUUUUUGACUACAAUAUCAGGUAACUCAAUAGAGGGGGCAUUAUAUGUUGACAUUGUUACACAUUUUAAGCAUCUUCAUAAAGGAAAUGGGUCGACAGUGUAUCUCUGGGUUAAAAUCGCAUGUUUUCAAUGUUCCAUAUGUUUGGGAAGAGCCAUAUACAUUAUCCAGUCCUAAAUAUCAUGUCUAAUUCUGCGUUAUUCAAGUACUUAAUAUUUGCAUCCCAGAAGAGACACCAUAAGCAAUUCAUUCAUUCAUUCAUUCACAAGAGCAUAGAGAGGUGCCCAAAUCCAUGAGUCCUCAUCCAAUUCCUGAACUGUGAAGCCAGCGAAUGAAUCAUAAACAGCUGAAUGCAUAUCAUGAAUGUGUAGAGUAGAUUUAAUACGUAGGUUAGGAGUCAGACUUACCUUCUCUGGAUUGAAUGUUUUUUUGGUCAGGAACUCAUACUCUCCUCACUUCUUUCUGGAUGUUUAAUAACUCUCUGAAAUCAGCACUUAAAUCGAACACAUACCCCUGUCUGGCUAGUUCAUACUUUCUUUUACACCUUAAUACUGAUUUUAAUGAAAUUUUCUAAGCAAGGCUGGUUUUAACAAGCACUUUAACUCUUUGGUCAAACAGGCAUUUUUAUCAGAUGCUUUCAAAUAAAAACAGAAAAAUACAUUCAAGCGUUGUUAGAAGAACUUGGUUGGUUUUGAACAUAAGAAAUAUUGUGUUUCCACUGCAAACACAAACCAGGCACCAUGGACUUGACUGGCCUUUCACAGAGAAUCCAUCUGCUUGAUAACGCUGUGUAAAAACUUUAGGCAGUGUUGUAUUUCAUUAUACUAUCACUGUGUAAUCUUACCUAUUUAAUUCUGUAUCUCCUCACUAUAUAACUUACUCAAACCCUUGAGUAAAAGGCCUGUUUGAUGCAUAGGAUUGCUGGGGAUAUAAUGGGAUUACGAGUAUGGAGAAGUCAUGUCACAUACUACUGUACUUCGCAAACGCUGUAGGUGAAGAAAUUGACCCACACUGUUCAAAUCAUGGAAAAUGGUCAAAAACAUGAACAAUGCAGAUAUCCUUGGCCCACUGUUACAUUGCAAACAAACGUACCAUUUCAAAAACCAUAGAUAAUUUGUGGUUUCUAUAUAAAAAAGAAAAGUGUAUAGUAUUUCAAAAAAAGAAAAAAGACAUUGAUAUGUCUGAAAAUUCAUUUUAAACAUGGGUUUGAAAAUAGAUGGUGCUUGUUUCAUUUGGAUAUGAGUUGUAUAUUGCUUCUGUUAUGUUUAUUAAAAAUAUUGUGCAUGAAUUGUGCUUUAGAGGUCAUAAUGGUGUCCAUUUGUGAAAUGUGUAUCUUAAAUUAAAAAGAAAAAAAAAAUGAACUUGUAGAUGCACUUAUUGUACAUGUGGUUAGGUUAGUAGGUUUGACUUUAAGUCCUGUCACUGCCUUAAAUACUAUGGGCAGAUGGUUAUUGAACUGAACAAUAUGCUUGUGGGAGAGAAAUAAUGACAAAAUUUAAGGAUUGUAGAAUAAUACUGAAAAUUCUGAAGUUCUUUUUGAUGCUUGUGAUUACUGAGGAUGUACUUUAGAGCAAUUUCAUGGAAAACACAUGAUUCUGAUGUUAAUUCUGUAGAAUAGAUAUGUAAACCAAAUGUAAUCUUUCCAAUGCUAUGAAGAAUUUAUACAUGAAAUUGAUAUGCAAUAAAAAAAAAACCUGUGUGCUUUUUA